GCCCGGGCACUAGCCUCGGGGCCCGUCCCUCCCCUCGCCCCUUCGCCCCCCGGCCCAACAUGCCCGGCAAACACCAGCAUUUCACCGAACCCGAGGUCAGCUGCUGCGGGAAGUAUUUCUUGUUCGCCUUCAACAUCAUCUUCUGGCUGCUGGGGGCUGCGUUUCUGGCCAUCGGGCUGUGGGCCUGGGCAGAGAAGGGCGUCCUCUCCAACAUCUCCUCCCUCACGGACCUGGGCGGGCUGGACCCCGUAUGGCUCUUCGUGGUGGUCGGAGGAAUCAUGUUCGUGUUGGGCUUUGCCGGUUGCGUCGGGGCCUUGCGCGAGAACACCUGCCUCCUCAAGUUUUUCUCUGUGUUCCUGGGUCUCAUCUUCUUCCUGGAGCUGACCGCUGGGGUCCUAGCCUUUGUCUUCAAGGACUGGAUCAAAGAUCAGCUCAACGUCUUCAUCAACAACAACGUCAAGGCCUACCGCGAUGACAUAGACCUUCAGAACCUGAUUGAUUUUGCUCAGGAAUACUGGUCUUGCUGUGGAGCCCGCGGCCCCAACGACUGGAACCUCAACAUCUACUUCAAUUGCACGGAUUCGAACCCCAGCCGGGAGCGCUGCGGAGUGCCCUUCUCCUGCUGUGUCCAGGACCCCGCGGAGGAUGUCCCUAACACACAGUGCGGCUACGGGGUCCGGCUCAAACAGGAGCUGGAACAGCAGACCUACAUCUACACCAAAGGUUGCGUGGGCCAGUUUGAGAAGUGGCUGCAGGACAACUUGGUCAUGGUGGCCGGGGUCUUCUUGGGGGUUGCCCUUCUGCAGAUCUUUGGCAUCUGCCUGGCCCAGAACCUGGUGAGUGACAUCAAGGCAGUGAAAGCCAACUGGUGACCAUCCCGGCCGGUCUCUGUGAGGACCAUCGGGGCAUCAGAGCCGACGCCCCCUCACCUGCACGGUGCCCUCCCGCUCCCGGCUCGAGCUGGCUCCCCUCGAUGAGGGACCCCUUCAGGACCACGUCGUGCCAGGGCAGGCGGCCCUGGACGGAGCCUGGGGUUUCAGGGAUUUCUACGGGUGACUGCUGGGCACGGGACUAUUCUCCUCGGGGCAAAGUGUGGCUGGUUGGGGUGUGUGUGUGUGUGUUUAUGUGUGUGUGGCUUCCUCCAUUAUGCCACAAGAAGUGGGCAUCUGGGGGGGGCAGGUUUCCAUGAGAACCAUGACACUGGUUCAGGUGGAGUCUGGAGCACGUAUCCUUCCUGGGCCCCCGUGGCAUCGAAGAGGGACAAACCCAGACCCUGCCGGGGCUCACCAGUCUCGAGUGCCCCCCCUGCCAGGGCAAGGGUCUGUCCCCAACUUGGAAGGACCCUAAUAAACUGUGCUCCCCCAGC